AAAAACCAGAAAUUCAAAAGCGCUAAGAAUCCUCGCUAACUUUCUCUCUUUCUCUGCUUUUUUGCUUCAAUGGCCUCCAUACCUCUGUCCUCGCUCUGCGUCUCCCAAAAGCCCAAGUCUCUCAGUCUCAGCUUCGUCGCCUCCGAUAGCCUGAGAUUUGGUUCAUCUUCUUCACUCGGAUUCGAUUCGUCGAGGAAGAACCGCGGGGUUAGAAUUUCUCUUUGCAGAGCCGCCUCGGUUGUCUUCCGCGACCUCGACGCCGAUGAUUUCCGACAUCCUCUUGAUAAACAGAACACGCUGAUUCUGAGGGCGAUCCCAGGGUUGAAUGAUCUCGCAAAGGUUCUUCUAGGAACUAUUGCAGAGCAGGUCAUGCUUCUGGAGAAUAUUGGGACAUCGGUUCUUGUUUCUGAAAAUCAGCUUUCUGGUCUACACAAAUUGAUGGUUGAGGCUGCUAAAAUACUGAACAUUGAAGCUCCUGACCUGUAUGUCCGACAAAGUCCUGUACCAAAUGCAUAUACUUUAGCUAUAAGUGGUAAAAGACCAUUUGUUGUUGUUCAUACCAGCCUUGUGGAGCUUCUGACGCAGACAGAAUUGCAGGCUGUUUUGGCUCAUGAGUUGGGCCACCUGAAAUGCGACCAUGGUGUUUGGCUUACAUACGCGAAUAUUCUUACCCUUGGGGCCUAUACUGUACCUGGUCUUGGUGGGCUAAUAGCACAGAGUUUAGAAGAACAGUUGUUUCGCUGGCUCCGAGCAGCAGAGCUGACUUGUGAUCGUGCAGCCCUUCUUGUUGCUCAAGACCCUAAGGUGGUCAUCUCCGUUCUAAUGAAAUUGGCUGGGGGAUGCCCGUCCAUGGCUGAUCAACUGAAUGUGGACGCAUUCUUGGAGCAAGCUCGGUCUUAUGACAAAGCUUCUUCAAGCCCAGUUGGGUGGUAUAUAAGAAAUGCUCAAACAAGGCAGCUUUCACAUCCACUGCCUGUAUUACGUGCUCGUGAGAUUGAUGAAUGGUCAAGAAGUCAAGAUUACAAAUCCCUUUUCAAACGUGCCAUUCAGGUCAAUUCUGUACAGAAAAUUUAGCAUUGCGCAGAGGAUGAAGUUCAAACAAAUUAGUAAUGACAUGAAGGAAAGGAGUCAUGGAGAGGAUUUGUUAAGAAUUCAACACUGCUGCAAAAUCUUGGCUUAUGGAAUUGCUGCAUAUUUACAAAGGAAGUUAUACUGUAUAGUUUUGUCGACCAACCUGGUGUAAGUAUAAAAGAUGUUGUUUUUCAGAAGGCAAUUGCUUUAUACUAUACCAUUUUUGUAAAUUCAGAUAGUUGUACAUUUUUCUUUUUCCUCCUCCGUACACAGUUUCUUUGUCUUGCUGAUUGAAUGUUCUUGUUUAAAUAACAUUCAAGUGCUCUAUGUAUGAGACUCAAA